AUGGAGAAGCAAACACAUACCCACGACCUCGUGGCCGCCGUCUAUGAGAACCUUGAGAACCAACAGGACUGGACCUCUCUGAAGAAGCAUGUUUUUGCCCCAGAAAGCAACAAACCCUUUCCUCGGCCUCUCAUCUCUGGUCUCCCUCCUCGAAGAAUCUAUAUUCACCCGGACGACCAGAUCGAAAUGAUCAAGAACAACACCAUGAAUGCAGCCGCGCAAACGCCAGAGGUGGAAUGGGUUCUUUCCACAAGUCUGAAUGAGACCAUCAGCCUUGAGUUCCUGUCGGCCAUUUUUGACACCAUGGACCGGCCCUCGGGAUUGCCUUCAGGGCGUUCCAAGCGACUAUUACUUGCCGUGAGGCAUGAUGACUCAACGGUCGUUUACUACUUUGUACAUGAUGGGAUUGUCAAGCCACGGCAGAACUGA